UGUUGAUUGGAUGCCCUUAAAAAUAACAGAGAAAAUUAUCAGAGAACAUGCUUUUGAACACAAGAAAAAGAAACCCGCGUUUUAUUUUUAACGGUGGGUUAAGCGCAAAUCGGCCUUCUAACAACUGGGCCCUGAAGUUUAACUUCUCAAGUUCCUAAAGUGACCAACAUCAAAUUUCUCCUAACAAUACCAAUACACAACCAAGAGAAUGGGUUAUGAUAAUUAAUAAAAUGAUCACCUAAAGAAAACAAAUUCUCCAAAGGAAAUGUGUAGAAAUCAGUAUGGAUUUUCCACAGAAUUGAAAAAAGCAAUUUAAAAUAAACACUUCCUGUGAGCAGAGCUUCCUUUCGUCUUCUUGAGUGAGGAGGAGGAAAGGAUGCUCUUCCUGACUGGCGUCAAGCCUUUGAAGUCGCCGCAAUACAAAAUUCUUGACGAGUCAAUCUUCUUUCCACUUGUCAAACUGGUUUUUUCGACUGCAAGCGUAUAUAUAUAAUAUUUUUUUUGUUAAUAAUUUAGCUUAACAUGUUUCUAGAUCGCAAAGAGAGAUGCCAUAACCAUUCAACUGCAGAACGAAUUACAACUCAUCGAAAAAAUAAACACUGAGCAACAGACGAGAACCUUGACAGAAGCUCUCAAACAAACAUCCCAUGAUAACAAGGCCUCAAACGCUAGAGAGGCCAGGUUUUAUGAAGACAUCUUUGCCUGUAGAAAAAAGAUUCAAGAAGACAGGAAAAGUCAUCGAGAGAAUGAAACCUACCUUAGAAAGGUUUGAUAAUAGCAAUCAUUGAAUGAGGCUAUGUAGGAUGUGAAGAAUAAUAUUAUGCAUAUCGAGGAGGAUGUUAUCCUCCGAGGCUGAAGCCCGAGGUGGAUAUAAACAUCCUCCGAGUCUGACGGUAGUUCGUCGGUCCCUUGCACGGUCAAUGUCUAUGGACAUUUUUUUUCUUGGUUUCAAUUGGUGGGAUUUUCAUUUAAUUGUAAUGGUAAUCUCUUCUUUUUUUCACAAAAUAUUUAGCUUUUUUUAAAUUUUAAAAACCGAAAUUCAUACCGUUUAGCGCCACACGUGCCUGUAUAGCUUGAGGCGGUAUCAAGAUCUCAAUUUUUUUGUCCCACAAUCAUAAAUUGGCUAUAGCGAAUCUCGCGGAAACGCCAAUGGUUACUGUUUAUUAUCGUCUUUGACCACCAGCGAACAUUCAAGAUGGCUACCGAGGUGUAUAACUGGGUACAGAAGUAUGAUGCAGACCUAGAUACCAGACAGGUCAGUGACAAGAGCAAAAUAGCUUUUAAUUAACUAGUUUAUACUACUACAUAAGAAAUUUCUGCAAUCUGAUUGGCUUAGAGCAGUGGUAUUUCAGCUUAAUUUGAAAUACCUACAUGUGAAAUUACAAACCUUUUGCGGGUAGUAGUAUAAACAAAUAAUAGCAUGAUUCUUACGUGAUAUUUGGUACAAAUACCUCUCGUGAUAUUUCAAAAUUGUCUCAAAUUUCACUCGCCUAACGGCUCGUGAAAUUAGGUAUAACAAUUUUGAAAUAUCACUCGUGGUAUUUUUGCCAGAUAUCACUACAAAUCAUGCUAUUACCUAUACAAAUAAUUUUUAGCCAACCGCGGAGGGGAAUGGGAUCCUUUUCAGGGGCGGAUCUAGGAGGAGGGUGCAGGGGUGCCCCCCCCCUGAGAUGACCUGCCGUUUUCUAAUACAACUGGUAUUCUGCAAAAACUAUGUGGUUUAUUGGCGUUGAAGUAGAGCAAGAGACGAGUGCACCCCCUCCUAAAAAAAAUCCUGGACCACUCCUGCUUUUCAAAGCCUUUUCCGCCAAAAAAGUGAACCUACUCACUGGUUCGCAAUUUAGUGAUGACUUACAUGGAAGUUAUAUAAGUAUCAAGAUAGAAAUGCAAUUUGUCUGUGAAUAUAUACCUUUGUCUUGACAGUGACUUCAUUUUACUGGUCGAGCGAGCACUGUACUUAUUGUUAGCAUUAGCUGACUGAAUAUCUCGCAACUUCAGGCUGCAUUAUGUACUAAGUACAUCAUCAUCAGCAUCAUCAUCAUCAUCAUCGUCGUCGUCGUCAUCGCCAUCAUCAUGGUCACGGUCAUGGUUUCAUCAACAUCACCAUCAUUAUCAUCAACAUCGUCGCCUUUACCACUACCACCACCACCACCACCUUCAUCAUCAUAAUCCUCAUCAUCAUCUUCAUUAUUAUUUCUUUUGUUCAAGCAGGUUAUAUAACGUGUCGGUGUUGAUUUGAUGUGAGGCUGCUAUGCUAUAGCACUACACACACAUAGACGCAGUCCUCUGUUCUUAAAGAACAGUGUGUGGGUUUUUUUGAACGUAUUGCAGAUUUUUUAUUUGAGUAAGGAUUGUAAAGAAGGAGGUGUAUUUAUUGACUUCUCAGGACGAAUACGAUCUAUAUACACGAAUGUACGACGUCGAUAAAGCUGAACUAUCGGAGCUGCAAGCUCGCUUUGACAUUUUAGAGAGGAAAUAUAACGCGAUCAUAGAGGAAAGAAGACUCUUAGAAGAAGCCAAAGCGAGAAAGUUGGAAGAAGAAAUGAAGCAAAACAAAGCUGCUGCAACCAUACAAGCAGUUUGGCGAGGAUACCAGUUUAGGAGGCUUAUGCGCAACAAAGCCAAGAAAGCGGGCAAAAAGAGCAAGGGUGGAAAAUAA